AUGGAAAGCCAGAGAAAUAUCUCAGAAUUCAUUCUUUUGGGACUUUCUUAUGACAAAAACAUACAAACAUUUUGCUUUGUGCUAUUCUUAUUCUGUUAUGUUUCCCUAUUGAUAGGAAACCUUGUGAUCCUUGUUUCUAUUCUGAGCAGCUACCUUUUUCAGCAACCAAUGUACUACUUCCUCAGCCACUUAGCCUCUCUGGACAUCUGUUAUACUUCUAGUGUCACACCCAAACUUAUUACUGAUCUGUUGCGGGGGACAAAAUCCAUCUCCUAUGAUAACUGCAUGCUACAGGUAUUUACCAUGCACUUCUUUGGAAGUACUGAGAUCUUCAUUCUUACUGCCAUGGCCCUGGACCGUUAUGUUGCUAUCUGCAAACCUCUCCACUACAUGAUAAUCAUGAACAGAACAAGAUGUAAUUAUCUUGUUUUAGUUGCUUGGGUUGGUGGCGCUGUCCAUUCCUUUCCUCAAUUAUUUAUGGCAAUCUGGUUACCCUUUUGUAGUUCUAAUGAAAUUGAUCACUAUUUUUGUGAUAUCUUCCCAUUGCUAAAGAUUGCCUGCACUGAUACCUACAUGACUGGUGUUCUGGUGCUUGUUAAUUCAGGAAUGGUUGUGUUGGCAACUUUUGUUCUCUUGUUUGGUUCCUACGUUGUUAUAUUAUUCACCUUAAGAAAUCACUCAGCUGAGGGAAGACGCAAAGCCUUGUCUACCUGUACCUCGCAUAUCACUGUAGUGGUUUUAUUUUUCGCUCCUGCAAUCUUUAUCUAUCUUAGACCACCUACCACAUUUCCUGAGGAUAAAGUGUUUGCAUUAUUUUACACUAUCAUUGCUCCUAUGUUCAAUCCCUUAAUCUACACCCUGAGAAAUGCAGAGAUGAAAAAUGUCAUGAGGAAAGUUUGGUGUCAAGGUUGUUUUCCAUGGAAGCACACAAUUAACCAAUGA